AAAAGCGUCUCUAUAUAAUUUCGAAAAAAAAUAACACCAAAGGAGAGUAAGAUUCAGGAAGAAAAAGAAAAGAAAGAAAGACCAUAAUCGCCAUGGCUGCAACCUCUACGUCGACAAGUUUCUGCAUGUUGGGUUGGGUUGGGGGGAAGAGAGGACCAAGAGCAAGGAGGCCAUUCUCUGUGUCAGCUCAACAACAGAUAGAAGUGUUCCAAGCAGAAAAAAUGAAUGUAGAGAAACAAGAAGAGCCAAAGGAAGUGAAACAACAGGAGCAGCAGCAACAGCCAAAACAACAGGAGCCGCAGGUUAUGGUGAAGAGCAAGAACAUGAGCAGAGAGUAUGGUGGGCAGUGGCUCAGCAGUGUCAGUCGUCAUGUGAGGAUCUACGCUGCCUACAUCGACCCAGAGACCAACGCCUUCGAUCAGACCCAGAUGGAUAAGCUCACCCUUAUCCUUGAUCCAACCGAUGAGUUUGUAUGGACGACUGAGACGUGCAACAACGUCUACGCUUACUUCCAGGAGCUGGUUGAUCACUAUGAGGGUGCUCCAUUGACGGAAUACACACUCCGACUGAUUGGUUCAGACAUAGAGCACUACAUCAGGAAGCUGUUAUACAACGGGGAGAUCAAGUACAACAUGAAUGCUAGAGUUCUAAAUUUCAGCAUGGGAAAACCCCGUGUAUUAUUUAAGGACAAUGAGAACCCAAUUCCAGAUGUACAGUAAGUGAUACAUUUUAGAAGGAAAACGAACAAGCAUGACAGGUUGUGACAUUAUAUCAUUGAUGAUGAUAAAAUUUCACUUUACACCAA